UUUCAUUUCCUCCUUUUUCCAAGAGAAGGCAGAGUAGGGUUGAGCAGCUGUUAACUGAUAAAACCUAGCUGGGCUUUCAGUAAGACGGUUCUGCCAUGAGACUGGCUCUGCCUUUCCUGGGGGUCCUCCUGGGACUGAUAGCAGCCCAGGCGACGGAGGAUGAUUGUCCUCAUAAAAAAUCGGCCACUCUGCUGCCAUCUUUUACGGUGACACCUACAGCCAGCCACAGGACUACAAAGAGCCACAAAACCACCACUCACCGAACCACUAAAGGCACCACCAGCCAUGUGCCCACAACUGUCACUCGCCAUCCUGCCACCACCACCAGCAGCCAUGGAAAUGCCACAGUUCAUCCAACGGGCACUAGCACCACUACCAGCCACAUGUCCUCAGCUUCCACUCACCAUCCUGCCACCACCAGCAGCAGCCACGGAAAUGCCACGGUUCACCCCACAACCAGCAAUGGCACUACUACCAGCCCUGGAUUCUCCACCAGUUCCCCACCGCCUGGACCACCUCCCCCCUCACCAAGUCCUACUCCAGGCUCCAAGAACGCUAUUGGGGACUACGUGUGGACUAACGGCUCCCAGCCCUGCGUCCAUCUCCAAGCCCAGAUUCAGAUUCGAGUCCUGUACCCAACCCAAGGUGGAGGCAAGGCCUGGGGCACCUCUGUACUGAAUCCCAACCAAACCAAGGUGCAGGGGGGCUGUGAGGGUGCCCAACCCCAUCUGCUGCUCUCCUUCCCCUCCGGACAUCUCCACUUUGGAUUCCAGCAGGAGGCGCAGCAGAGCACUAUCUUCCUGAGCUACAUGGCUGUGGAGUACAACGUGUCCUUUCCCCACGCCGCACAAUGGACGUUCUCAGCUCAGAAUUCAUCCCUUCGAGAUCUCCAAGCACCCCUGGACCGGAGCUUCAGCUGCAGAAACGCAAGCAUCACCCUUUCACCAGCACUCCACCUUGACCUGCUCUUCCUGAGGCUUCAGGCUGCGCAGCUGCCCCACACAGGGGCCUUCGGGCCAAGCUUCUCUUGCCCCAGCGACCAGUCCAUCUUGCUGCCGCUGAUCAUCGGCCUAAUCCUCCUCGGCCUCCUCGCCCUCGUGCUUAUCAUCUUCUGCACCCUCCGGAGACGCCCAGCCUCUUACCAGCCCCUCUGAACAUUUGCCCCAACCCUGGAGACACCAGGGCUAGCCUUAUUUCCUCACCAUACAACUGACUCAGAGACAAAUGUUUUUCCCUUUCUUUGAAAAACAGAAACGGAGAUAAUGCAAUUGGGAGGGAGGGGAAGAAUUCUUAUUAAAUGGGACCAAUGUCCCACCUGAAGAGAGUAAUAAAACCUACUCAAAUCUUUGUCCUGUUUCCCUUGUGCCAGGAUUAAAAGCCAUCGAUCUCU